UUCACACCGGAAGUUGAAGUAUCAGCUGAUCGAGGUGUUUUUGAUGGAAGUUGCAGGGCUUUUUAUUGUGUCGAGCUGAAGAGAAACAUCUCAGUGAGGCAGGGGCAGAAGCGCGGUGGUAACAAGAAGUACGACUGAAUCCGAGAAACACGGAGGCGCUAUGAACAGUCUGGAGGCAGUGUUUUGAAAUACGCUAGCUGCUGAACCUCAGUGAAGAAAGAAAACAAGGCUAGGCGAGUCACAGUGUGUUCGGUGUGUGUGUGUGCGCGUGCGUGCGUGUGUGUGUGUGUGUGUGAACGUGUUGGUGUUGAAUCCGUUAGCUAAUUUAAAUAGAGUGGUCUGAGUCUGAGAGUAAAGGCAGCUAAAUUAACUAGCUUUGUUUAAUAACUGCUGAAUAAGGGCAUCGGAGUGAAGAAAAUAAAGGAGCGUGUUUGUUUGUUUGUUUGUUUUUACUUGAGCAGGACGUUUAGGUUGUACAAUCUGAGUGUGUGUGUGUGAUGUUGGCAGUGCUUGAGUUCAGUGUGUUAAACAUUUCUCUUUAACUGGACUGAUUGAUUUUUUAAUGUUCACAGUAUAGUUUAGAGGAAAGACAACCUGUAGCUCGUCAUAUUUAAUAAAGUUUUCUGUAUUUAUGCCACGUUGAUAUUUAUAAUAUAUUGCUAAUAAAGUGUGCUUGUAUUCAUUAGCUUGUGUUUGAGUAUGCAGACACUGUCGCUGAUCGGACAGCAGAGUUAACGAUCGUGUUAAACCCGAGAGUUAGGGUUUUUAGUGAAGCCCAGAUCGACAGUGUGUGUGUUGAUUGGUUGAUGUGGCCUCUGUCAGAGGUGCAGGUGAAACUGACCCCUGUGUAACAGCAGUUUUUCAGUCUGUAGUGUGUGUGAGAGAUAAGGUCCAGCUCUGGCCCAGUCCGAGAAGCCCGCUGAAAACCCAAUGCUGGAUCUGGAGGUGGUUCCUGAGCGCUCUUUGGGAAAUGAACAAUGGGAAUUCGCAUUAGGAAUGCCAUUGGCCCAGGCCAUUUCCAUCUUGCAGAAGCACUGCCGAAUUAUCAAAAAUGUCCAGGUGCUCUACAGCGAACAAAUGCCACUCAGUCAUGACCUCAUACUCAACUUGACUCAGGAUGGAAUUAAACUGCUGUUUGAUGCCUGCAAUCAGAGACUGAAGGUUAUUGAAGUGUAUGACUUGAGCAAGGUGAAACUGAAAUACUGUGGAGUACAUUUUAACUCUCAGGCAAUAGCACCCACCAUAGAGCAGAUUGACCAGUCCUUUGGCGCUACUCAUCCAGGAGUGUACAAUGCUGCAGAACAGCUAUUCCAUCUGAACUUCCGAGGCCUCUCGUUCUCCUUCCAGUUAGACUCAUGGAGCGAAGCCCCAAAAUACGAGCCUAACUUUGCCCAUGGCUUGGCCUCCCUGCAGAUUCCUCAUGGGGCGACCGUCAAGAGGAUGUAUAUUUACACUGGAAACAACCUUCAAGAAACCAAGGCUCCUGGGAUGCCUCUGGCCUGUUUUCUCGGUAAUGUGUAUGCAGAGUGUGUGGAUGUUCUGAGGGAUGCAACAGGGCCUUUGGGUCUCAAACUGCGGAUCCUCACUGCAGGCUGCGGUCCGGGAGUGUUGGCAGAUGCAAAAGUGCGGGCUCUGGAAAGGAACAUCUACUUUGGUGAUUCGUGUCAGGAUGUUCUGAGUGCUCUAGGCUCCCCACAUAAGGUUUUCUACAAGUCUGAAGACAAGAUGAAGAUCCACUCUCCUUCUCCACACAAGCAAGUCCCAUCCAAGUGUAAUGACUAUUUCUUCAACUACUUCACCCUGGGAGUGGACAUCCUGUUUGACUCCACGACCCACCUGGUGAAGAAGUUUGUCCUACACACCAAUUACCCCGGCCAUUAUAAUUUCAACAUAUACCAUCGAUGUGAUUUUAAGAUUCCACUCAUAAUUAAAAAAGAUGGACCUGAUGCUCAGGAGGAAGACUGCAUCCUCACCACCUACAGCAAGUGGGAUCAUAUCCAAGAGUUAUUGGGACACCCUAUGGAGAAACCGGUGGUGCUUCAUAGGUCAUCAUCCGCUAAUAACACCAAUCCCUUCGGAUCGACGUUCUGCUACGGGCUGCAGAGGAUGAUCUUUGAGGUGAUGCAAAAUAACCACAUAGCAUCAGUGACCCUGUACGGAGCCCCUCGCCCUGCCAGCCUUCCACAUGCCGAGCCAAGCGCUCACUGAGAUUCCCGUCCUGCCCAGUAGGGCCCACCAGCGCAGUGUGCCUUCCCUCACUGCUGCCAUCACACAAGCUAGAGAGCCAUGUGCUGGGAGUUCCCCAGCUAUCCUCCUACAUCCUUCUGCUGCACACCAGGAUGGGUGUCCCUCUCUGACCCCCUUUAUUUAAAAAAAACAAACAAAAAAAAAACCACACACACACCAGACUGCAUUGCUUCUUCUUCUCCCUUCCUCCACCAUCUGUGUCACUGUCAGCAACCACACACACACUUUAACUACAUUAAUAAUCAUUGUGCACACAUUUACAGUGAAGCUGUUAUGGCUUUAUCUUUCAAAAUUUGUCCUUGAUAAGACUUCACAGGGUGGAUGUGAACUGCAUUUCAUCACUGGUUAAUUUACUGCACAUUACACACUCUUUAGACACACCUUCAGUUCAUUUCAGUACAGCAGUGAUGGCACACAGCUCACACAGAUAAACACAUGGCUAACUGGCAUCUACUGCAUGAAUACAGUGUUGCUUUAUGGAUUGGUUUUGUUGUUUUUUUUAAAAAAAUUAGCAUUGUGUGGUGUACAUUCUUACAAGCACAAAUGGAGCGUGUCAGUGCUGUGAAUGUUUUUUGGCACAGGAGACAAACAUUUUCUCACAUGCAGACAAAUGUACACAGCAUGGAUCUUCUCUCUUUGCAGUGCUGUGCAGUGCAAGCUUCAGCUUAACAUUCAGUUGGCUGCCCAUCAUCUUUCUGUGCUGUUGUUUAGGUUGGGUUUUUUUUUUGGUUUUUUUUUUAACAUUUGCACUAAAUAUGCAUCGUAUUUACUUGGCAAUUGAUGUCUUGACUUCUUUUCACUGAGGACCGUUGGGAUUAUUGAGUGUGGGAGGUAAAGAUCAUGUGAGAGUAGAGGAAGGCAGAGAAUUAUUGAUUUUCAAGCUGUUAAUGCAGCCCUUUGGACUUCCUGAUCUCACAUGUUUUGUUCUCCCUACUUACACUCCCUUUCACGCUGUUUGUGGAUUUGAUCUCAUCAUUUUGCCAAAACGUUUGCCAAAGAAUGUAGAAUAAUAGAUUGAUCAUCUUAACUGACUAAAAAAUGGUUGUUUAGAAUAUUCCCUAGAAAUCCUUCUUGUUCUUAUUAUAUGCUCUUAUAUAUUCUGUCUUAUUUAAAGGUAUUUUAGCAUUUAGAUAUCCUGUCCUCAUUUGCUCUGUGCUUUUCUCCUGCUUUCUGUUCUACAGUAGUGUUUCAAUACCAGACAGAAGUGAGGUUUUCCACAGCACUCUGCUGCUGUGUCCGUUUAUGUACAGAUCUGUAAAUAGUGUAUUCUUGUCCUUUUAAGCUCAUGGUACCAUGUGGGUUCAGAUCAAGUUGAACCUGAGUUUUCAAACCUGAGUGGUUCGGAUGGACACUGUAGCAGCAGACCAAGUGAGAGCAGUGCUUUUAGUAUUUCAUUUUCGUCUAAAUAAUUUCGAGUCCAAUUGUCCAUUACUUGGUGGCGCUUUCCUUGCUAAAUAAAACACACCUGAUUGACCUCAUGAUUUUAUUACCAGGCUUAGAGUUGUGUUUAACAAGGGAAGUCAGUAAACCGUGCUUAAGUCGCAAUGUCUAGGAGCGCUGUUUUAAAAGAAAAUGCUGAGUCCCACAGUGUCAUAUGCGUUCUAGAUGGGAAUGUGUAGUGAUGUUUUCUGCUGUAGCAGAAAACAUCAGCCUACACUGAACAAAUCUUUGCAGCUCAGGCUUCAGUAUGUGCUGCAGGCGUAUGUGGGCAUUGGUCGGUUUCACUAGAUGUGAAGGACGGCUGUGGUUCAUGUUCUCGGUUUUUACCCCUUGCAUACAGCAAGUUCCACAUUAAUGGGAAUAAAAGUAACGGAGUAAGCCGGAACUGCUGUUAGCGCUGUCAUUUCCCAUCCAGCUUGACUUGAGUGUAAAUGAAAAUUAUUUAAACUGCUUUGUGUAUGAUCGAGCAUGUACAGCUCUAAAACCAGUGGACUGUCUGUUACAGUCAUUUUGCAGCAAACACACAAAAAAAGAACGCUACAUGAUUAUGUAUGAAAUAAGAAAUGUCAUGAAGGGCUGAAGAAAAUCAAGUAAAAAAAAAACAAACAAAAAAAAACACUUUGGUACUGCCAUGGAAAUUUAUUAAAUGUAAUGAGACAUCUUUUUUACAUUAAUUUGCAGCAGAUUAUUCCCAGCAGGUUCGUUCAGCUCUUCAUGACUCCAACAUUCACUCUGAUGGUUGUGACGUUUCUACAGAACAAAGCACGCACUUUCAUAGAAUCUAUUCAAAGUUCUUAUGAAUAGCUUUUACAUUCAUACGAGGGUAUUUUUUUACAUGCACAAGUCUCGAGUUCAGACGUUCAUCCAGGAAUUUCUGAAAAGAAGCAGCACAACCACUCAGUCAUACCAUUUUGAAAAUGUCAGGAGAGAGUAGUAGGAUGGGAGGAUGGGCCGAUUGGCUGCCCGAUCUCAGGUGGAUCUUUUUUUUUUUUUUUAAACCCGGGAGCAAGUGAACGCUUCAUUUUCAUCAACAUUUUUUUUGCUUAUUUCUUGUUUUGGGCUUUAUGGUAAUGUUGCAUUGGAAUGAUUCAGAAAUGGAACUUCUGUUCAGUGUAAUGCACAUAUAAAUGCUAUGUAUUAUAUUCCUGACAUGUUGUAUGUUUUCACCCCAUCCUCUGAAGUUUUUUUUUUUUUUUUUGUGGAUUCAGUAUAUUUGGCCCAUUUCUGGAAAUGGGAUUCUUAAUUAAACAUUGUGAAUCAUAAUUCAUUGCAAUGUGGUGUUUUGUAUUUUGCUCAGAAAAUUAGUAUUUAUCAAGCAUAUAUUCGGUUGUUUUGUUCUUUGUUUUUGUUCAUUUGUUUUUAAAGCAAUAACUCUAGCUGUGGUGAAUAAUUCAUUGAAAGGGCCAGCUAUAAGCUUGACCAGGCCUUUGAACCCAUGCAAAAAUGCUGUGACUAGUUUUUCUCUCGUCUAGUCUACUGAAAGCACGACAUUUGCAAUUUUGUAAACUGCAUUAACUUUUGUUCAUUAAACAUUGUUACAGUGUGUUCAGCAAGAAUAAUAUUUGAAGACUGGAUGUAAUAAAUAUGGGGAAAUAA